CGCUGGCGAGCCACCGGCCGGAGCCAACCAGUUGCUUGCUGCCUGGCCUCCUUUUCCAAGUCCUCUCUUUUCUCCCACUCGUGUGUGCGUGUGUGUAUACUAGACGUGGUACCGUAAACAGAAUCCCACUACAGUUUAGCAUUUGUGGUAGUACUACAGUUUAGCAUUUCCAAGUGAGAGUCGUAGGGCUGAGACCGAGAGCAUAUAAAUUAUUAGUAGCGGAAAGGGGGCAAAAGAAAGAAAGAAAGGAAAUGGCGCACUCGGCCAGCCACAGUAGUACACUAGAGUGGUAGCCCCCGGUUAGCUAAACGAAACUGCUGCUGCUGCUGCUGCUACUCUUCUCCUGCGUCGUUGCCAUAUAUAGAAAAACAAACCCUCGCCUUUCUCCUGGGCCAAACCAUACAUUCCACUCCAGUGCACGCACGCUCUCCCGCUCGCUUCCCCCUCCCUCUCUCCCCCUUUGUGGAUAUAAUCAUAUCCUUUCCCACGACGUUUGUUUAAUCGCGUCGCCCGCCGCCGCCGCCGCCGCCACAUGGACAUGGACUCGCCCCCUGUGCCCGUGCCGAUGCCGCCGCCCAAGCGGACCGACCUCUCGCUCACGCUGGCGCCCGCGGCGCAGUCCGUCGCCGAGGCCGAUGGGGGCGCCGGGGCGGCCGGCGAUGGCGCCUGCACCGACGGCAAGGACGUGCGCCUCUUCCCCUGCCUCUUCUGCAACAAGAAGUUCCUCAAGUCGCAGGCGCUCGGCGGCCACCAGAACGCGCACAAGAAGGAGCGCAGCAUCGGCUGGAACCCCUACUUCUACAUGCCGCCCACCUCCUCCGCGCACCUCCACGCCAAUGCCGCGCCGCCCAACUCGUCCGGCGCCACGGCCUCGGGGCCCUACGCCGGCUCUGGCGCUGGCGGCGGCGGCGGCGGCGUGGGCUCCACCGUGCCUGGCGUGGCCGCGGGCGGCGCGGCGCACGCCUACGCCAGCCGUGCCUACGCGGCCUUGCCCACGACGUUCCCAAUCGCGUCCCACAGCUCCAUCAUGGUCGGCUCCGACCGGCUCCAGUACUACGCGCCGCCACAGGGCGCGGCGCCGACAUCGGCGGCGGCGGGCGACCUGUACAGCGGCAGCGGCAGCGGCAUGCAGCAGGUGUCCCGCUUCGCCGAGUACCAGCAGCAGCUCCUGGGCGGCGCGGCCGUCAGCAGCAGCAGCGAGCGCGCGAUGAUGUCCGCGGCCGAGCAGCCGGGCGCCGGGCGCGACGAGCUGAUCGACAUGCUCAACUGGAGGCGGGGCUGCCACGGGCCGACCGCCUCGGCGGCCGCCACCACCCCGUCGCCGGCCAGCACCACCACCACGCUCACCUCCGGAGGCGGCAGCAACUACUACAACAACGGCGAGGAUGCCGAGGAGGAGCUGGACCUCAACUUGAGCCUGUAGCAGCAGCGGUGAGCUCGCCGGCCGGCGCUGCCUCCAAUCCAAGUCCAAGUCCAAGACCAAGACAAGGUUAAUCCAUGGCCACGUAGUACCUCUACCCUACAACUCCUAUUCGGCUGUUCAUGUCCCCUACCGCCCUUCACCCCGACGUACGUAGUACCGCACGCCCGCCAAGAUUAGCUGUUUUUAAUUAGAGAAGAAGAAGAAGAAGAUGUUAAUUAAUUAAUUA